CUUCGUCACUUCGUUUUCAUUUAUCACUUGCAUGAGACGCCAUUUUCGAAAAAACACACAUACACUCUCUCUCUCUCCGGGAGAAUCUCAAUCCCGGCGAUAUAUCGCAACCGAGAAAUUAGAAGGAGGAGAAAAUGGUAUCGGACUCGGACCUCGUGAACCGGCUCCGAGAAAUACUCCGGAGCUCGGACCUCGACACGGCCACCGCCGGCAGUAUUCGCCGGCAACUCGAGAAGGAUUUCGGCGUCGAUUUAUCGGACCGGAAAACCUUCGUUAGGGACCAAAUCGACAUUUUCCUUGAAACCCUACCGCCGAAGCAAGAACAAGAAGAGGAAGAAGAAGAAGAGGUUGGUGAAGAAUCGGAGAAUGUGAAGGAAGAAAACGACGUCGUAGAGGAGGAAGAGGAAGGAGAAGAAGAAGAAGAAGAAGAAGAGGAAGUGAGUGAAGCGAAAGGUAGAAAGAAAGGAGGGUCAAACAAGGUAGAUAAAGAAGUCAAGAAAAGGGGAGGUGGCUUCAAUAAAUUAUGUAGCCUUUCUCCAAAACUUCAAGAAUUUGUUGGAGAGCCUGAAUUGGCCAGAACUCAGGUUGUGAAGAAAGUUUGGGCCUAUAUCCGGGAGAAUAAUUUGCAGGAUCCAAAGAAUAGGCGAAACAUAAGAUGUGACGAAUCAUUGCAUACCCUUUUUCGUGUUAAGACUAUUAAUAUGUUUCAAAUGAAUAAAGCCUUGUCCAAGCAUAUAUGGCCGUUGGAAAAUGGAGAUGUGAAGCAAAAGGUAACAGCUGAAGAGAGUGCUGGUUCUGUAUCAGAAGAUGUCAGCAAUGCAGAAGAACAAGAGGAAGACGAUGAAGAAGAGAAAGAAGAAGAAAAAGAAGAGGAAGAAGAAAAAGAGGAGGAAGAAAAAGAGAAGGAAGAAAAAAUCGAAGAGGAAGGGCUUAAAGAAGAAAGAAAUGGACGAGGAAGCAAGAAAAGAGAGAGGUCUGCUAAGAAGGUUAAAGAUACCAAGAAAAGAGGAGGUGGCUUUACUAAAUUAUGUAGCCUUUCUCCACAACUUCAAACAUUCACUGGAGCUCCCAACCUGGCAAGAACAGAGGUUGUCAAGAAACUUUGGGCCUAUAUUCGAGAGAAUAAUUUGCAAGAUCCCAAGAAUAGGCAAAAUAUACUAUGCGAUGAAUCGUUGCGUGCCAUCUUUCGUGUUGAUUGUAUCAACAUGUUUCAAAUGAACAAAGCCUUGACCAAGCAUAUAUGGCCAUUAAAUGUGGAAGACGGAGUUCUGGAUGACUCUUUACAAAAAAAGAAGCAGUGCAAACAAGAAGAAGAAGAAGAAGAAGAAGAAGAAGAUUCAGAUGAUCCAAAUAGGAGAGGGAAACGACAGAAGAAAGGAAGUUCUGGGCUUCUUGCUUGCCUUCCACUUUCAGAUGCUCUUGUAAAAUUCUUGGGCACUGGUGAAAAUUCAUUAUCUCGGGCUGGUGCUGUAAAGAGAAUGUGGGAGUACAUAAAACAGAAUGAUCUGCAGGACCCAUCUGAUAAGAGGAGAAUUUUAUGCGAUGAUAAGCUAAAAGAACUUUUUGGGGUUGAUUCCUUCAAUGGCUUCACAGUCUCAAAGCUUCUGACUACUCAUUUCAUCAAGACAGAACAGUGAGUGUGGCUUGUAUGUAUGUAUAUAAUGUGAGCCCAAGAGGGCAUUUUUGCUCGAGUUAUUAUUACCACAAUCGUCCUAGCCUUGUAGUUGAAUGCUUCUAACAUCUCAAAAAAUUGCAAAUAGGAUUUGACAAUCUUACUGCCAAUGUUUCUGGUGUUCCCGUGUAGCAUUAUAUACUUCCUCUUUUUCUUUUUUCUUCCCUAUUUUUUUGGGAAGGGUUGGGGGAGCAUCACUUUGAAUUGUACAGGGACCAUUUUAGUGAAGACGUUGCCACACAUGGAAAGCAUGUUUUUAAGCUUAUUGUCCUCUUUUAGGGACCACAGCAUCAACAACGAAAUCUCCAUGCUUUGUUUGAUCCCUUUGCAACAGAAUCUGCUUCUCUAGUAUUGUUGGGCACACUGCACACACCCCAACAUGUAAGAGAGGAUAGCUUGUAACAUCAAAUACGGUAAGUGCUUGUGCAUCACAAGAUUAUAUGUUUUGGACAAUUGCAUGGUUCAUCUUUUUGGAUGACUCCCUGUUUUAUAUGACACCAGGUUUUCAGUAA